AUGUACAGAGGAAAUGUUGUUGCAAUUAAAAAGAUGAAACAAAUUAAUAAUUCGGAUGAAGAAAAAUUAAUUGAUGAAUUCGAAAAGGAAGUGCAAAUGUUAGACAAGUUUAGGUGUGAUUACAUUGUCCAUUUCUAUGGUGCUGUUUUUAUACCAAACAAGAUGUGUAUGGUGACUGAAUUUGCACAAUUUGGGAGUUUACAAGACUUAAUUAAACAUAAAACAAAAGAAGAAAUUGAAACUAAGUUACGAGUCAAAAUGUUACUUGAUGCAGCUAAAGGUAUUUCAUAUUUGCAUGAGAAUGGGAUAUUACACAGAGACAUCAAGCCAGACAACAUUCUUGUGUUAUCACUUGAUGUGAAUGAAAAGGUGAAUGCAAAAUUGACAGACUUUGGAAGUGCAAGAAACGUCAAUCUACUGAUGACUAACAUGACUUUCACCAAAGGUAUAGGCACUCCAAAGUAUAUGGCGCCUGAAAUUCUAAAACGAGAUAAAUACACUAAAAGCGCGGACAUUUCUUCGUUCGGAGUGACUAUGUAUGAGGUGGUUGGGUGGAGUGAGGCAUAUCAAAAAGAUGGCUUUUAA